UUCUAUCUAAUUAUGUAUAAUAUAACACAAAUUGUAAAAGAAAUGAAACAGUUUUAGAUAAAUAUACUGUAUUUGCACUUAUGACUUAUCGAACAUUCGAAAUAUCUUUUAAAAUAAAAAACACUAUUCAAACAAUUUUCGACAUUUUGUCGGUAUUUUAUUAGUAUAACGACUCUGUAAUUGCACAUUAAGAAAAAAACAUACAUUUUGUUUAUAUUUUUAUUCAUAAGAUUUGUGAAUUUAGUUUGUAAUUACAUGUAUCAGUUUUAUAUGACUUAAAAUUUAUUUUUAUUAAAUACUUUAUAAUAUAAAUAUAUUAUAAAACCACACUUUAUUUAUAAAUAAAUUAAUAACAAGUAUCAAACAUUAUUACGAUACUAACCUGUAAUAAAUUAUAAUAUUAUAUUUAUAUAUGUAUACAUAAUAUGGUUAUAAAGUAUUAUUUCUAAUUAAAAUAAUUAAGAUUUUAUAUAAAUAUGCUUAUUCAUUUUGUUAUAUAAUAAGCAUACAUUCUAAUUUCGACAUUGUGAAUGGUUACCGUAGAAACCGAGAUGUACACAAAAAUUGUCAUCAGGGAUAUGAUAUAGCAAUAUGGAAAGAUUAAAAACUGUGCUAUGUGGUAGAAAAUAUAAAUAAUUAUGCAAGCUUUAAAGUUAGUUGUAAUUGGACCAUUAGAGAGUGGUAAAACCACAAUAUCAAAUUUUCUUGCUGAUGCUUCAGAAAUUCCUAACUAUUAUCAUCCAACAUAUGGUGUAAGAAUACUGGAAGCAGAAGCACAAGGAAUUAUAGUAAAUAAUAAAACUAUUUCAAAAGAUAUUGAAAUAUGGGAUUGUAGUGGUGAUUAUAAAUUUAAAACUUGUUGGCCCGCUAUAAAGAAAGAUUUACAUGGUGUGAUGUUAAUAUAUAGUGGAAGAAAACAAAAUUGUUUAAAAGAAAUGCAAGACUUUUAUGAUUAUUUUGUUACGCAGACUAAAUUAGGUCCUGACAUGUGUGUAAUAUUUUGUUACGAUCCAGAUAAAACUCAAUCAGAAUUAUCAAAAUCAAUUUCAUCCGCAUUUCCCAAAGUAUCACAUGUUAGAUGUGACAUAGAAGAAAGUGGUAAUAAAUUACAGGCCGACUUUCGUUCAUUUUUAAGCUCACUCGUGACUAAAAUGCAAAACUAUGUAGAUCAAGAAGAAAAAACAAUAUUAACAAAUAACAUUUUAUUUAUUAAAUAAUUUUUAU